CUCUAGGGUUUAUAAUAAUGAUUCAAAAGAUGAACAAGUUCAUCACCUUCCAAGCCUUAGGCUUUCUUCUCAUUCUUUCAUUCAUCAAUUCACAAGCUGCUACUCUUAAAUAUACUUUUGUGGUUCAAGAAACCAACUACACAAGGCUAUGCAGCACCAAGAGCAUCUUAACCGUCAACGGACUAUUCCCUGGGCCAACCAUCACCGCUCGUCGAGGUGACACAGUCAUUGUUGAUGUUAUUAACAAUGGCAACCACAAUAUCACAAUUCACUGGCAUGGAGUGAAACAACCAAGGAAUCCAUGGUCAGAUGGACCAGAGUUUGUAACACAAUGCCCAAUCCAACCUGGGGGUAAUUUCACCCAAACAGUUUUGCUCUCUGACGAAGAGGGCACGUUGUGGUGGCACGCACAUAGUGAUUGGUCACGAGCCACCGUAUAUGGCUUAUUCGUCAUUCUUCCUAGGCUUGGGACUACUUACCCGUUUCAUCAACCCGAUGAAGAAGUGCCUGUUCUCUUAGGUGAAUGGUGGCGAGCCGAUAUACAAACCGUGAUGGAAAAUUUCCUAGAGAGUGGAGGAGAUCCAGCAAUCUCGGACGCGCUUACCAUCAACGGCCAACCAGGCGAUCUUUACAACUGCUCCGCUUCAGGGACAACUAAGAUAAAAGUCGAUCAAGGAAAAACAUACUUGCUACGAAUGGUCAAUGCCGGGAUGAACAACCUCAUGUUCUUCGGCAUCGCCAACCACUCACUCACUGUGGUUGGUAGUGACGGGGCAUACACCAAACCACUUGUAUCCAAUUACAUAACCAUAGCUCCUGGUCAAACCAUAGACCUUCUUUUCGAAGCUAACCAACCCAACAACCGCUAUUACGUGGCUGCCAAGCUAUUUAACGGUCAACCAGCCAGUCGUUUCCAAAACACCACCACCACUGCCAUCAUCGAGUACUCCGGAAACUACACUCCCUCAAACCCGCUCAUUGUCCCGAGCCUUCCAGCAUCCAAUGACCGCAACGCAUCCUUUAACUUCACCUCAAGUCUACGCAGUUUAGCUAGCGCUGAACACCCGAUCGACGUGCCAUUAACGAUCAAAAGAACACUUUUGUACACGCUAUCAAUCAACGCAAUACCAUGCGCAGCCAAUGAAACAUGUGAGGCCAUACGUAACACCUCGCGGUUUGCUGCCAGCAUUAACAACAUAACAUUUGACAUGCCGUCGUCAUCGGUCCUCCAAGCCUACUACCGAGGGGUUAACCGUGGUGUAUACGGAGAUGAUUUCCCCGAUAAUCCGCCAUUGAAAUUUAACUACACUCAGGCGAGUGGUUUGAAUGCUACGUUGCGAUUGCCGACGGUUGGAACGGAGGUGACAAUGUUGAAGCAUAAUCACACAGUGGAGCUGGUGUUCCAGGGGACAAACUUGGUGGCCGGAGUAGACCAUCCAAUGCAUCUGCAUGGGCACAGUUUUUACGUAGUGGGAUCAGGAUUUGGUAAUUAUAAAAGAUCAAGAGAUGCACCGAACUAUAAUCUGGUUGAUCCUCCUCACAUGCAAACCAUUGCUGUUCCUCAGAAUGGUUGGACCGCCAUUAGAUUCAAAGCGGAUAAUCCAGGUGUAUGGUUCAUGCAUUGUCAUUUCGAACGACAUGUGAGUUGGGGAAUGGGGAUGGUGUUUAUAGUAAGAAACGGGAAAGCUAGCAACGAUAAAGUUUUGCCACCACCUGCUGAUAUGCCCCCAUGUUAAUUAAUUAAAAUAUUUAUUUUGUAAUAGUUCGUUUUUGUGUGUUUAUUUUAUUCAAGUCGGUCUAUUUUUUGGCAUUUGAGUUUUUGUUUCGAAUUGUAAUAAGUUGGUUCAUUAGUUACCAAAUGUAUUCAGAAUUGUAAUAAGUUGUUUAUAUUAAAUAUUUGCAAUAAAAGUGUGCUUACAA